CUGAAGAAAAACGGAGUGAGUUAAAAUCUUACAGGAAAUGGUAUGGAACACAGUCUGAGCAUAAACCCUGACAUAUUUUACCUGUCACAUCCAACCAUAUACGAUACACUACUAAGUGGAUUAUAAAGCUGGAAUCCGGAUGUCAGACUGAUGUAAACCACAGCAGAAAUUGCAUAACAGAAACAGACGGUGGUGUGGUUGGUAUCGUGAGUGUAUACAGAGCAUCAUGCCUGAAGGACCCGAGUUAUUCUUGGCAUCACUUUUCAUAAAUACAGUGAGUCAAAAUAGGCGCUAUGGUGGACGAGUAAUAAAGUCGGAAAUUUCUACAAAAAAUCCUGAUGUAGAAUGGGAGGCAGAAGUAUACCGCGUCCAGGCCGUUUCCAGAGGCAAGGAGCUCAAGAUAACCUUAUGUGAGGGCCAGGAAGAACAUAAAGGAGAGAAAACCCUGGAUAUUGUUUUCCGUUUUGGAAUGUCUGGUUCGUUUAAAUUUACAACUGUCCAGGAGAUACCAAAACAUUCCCACUUAAGAUUCUUCACUUUAAAUGAAGACACCCCAAUGGUACUGAGUUUUGUUGACUACCGUCGCUUUGGUAGAUGGGAAGUUAAGGACACUUGGGGUCUUGACCGAGGACCAGACCCAAUGUGGGAAUACCAGAGCUUCAGAGAAAAUGUCAUGACUCAUCUCAACCUUGCUGCCUUCAAUAAACCUAUAUGUGAAGCAAUGCUGAAUCAAAAAUAUUUUAAUGGUAUUGGAAACUACUUAAGAGCUGAGAUUCUUUACAGGUGUAGCAUUCAACCAUUUGAUGAAGCCAGGGAAGUCCUAAGUGAGAUAAAACCCAUCAGCAGGUGGUAUGAAACACAAUUAAAACAAAAACCAAGUGAGCACUGUAAAGUGAUGCCUGACAUAUUAGACCUCUGUCACAUCUUACCCAAGGAAGUGAUUCACCUAAGUGGUGGAGGUAAAGGCUACAACGUUGACCCCGAUGCUGCUGAAGAUGAAUACAAGGAGUUCCGGGCUUGGCUGCAGUGUUAUUACCAGGAUGGGAUGAAGAACCUGGUGGAUCAUAAUGGUCGCACAAUGUGGUUUUCUGGAGAGCCUGGGCGCUUAACACCCAAAGAGGUGACUUCAAGAGCAAAGGUUGAGAGGAAAAAAUUGAAGAGGAAUAAACAGGAUAAAGUUAUGACGGAAGAACAAAAUUUCAAAGUACAAAAGAUUGAAAAAAGAGAUAAAGAAAUAAAAGGUGACGGCCAAGAAGGAAAGAAACAUGUAUGUACCAAAAGUGGCGGAAGACGCAGGAGACAGCUGGACAAAAUCGUAAAAGAGGAACCAGAUUCUGUAUGUGGACCCAGACCAGAAAUUCAGAACAAACGAAACAUCACAAUCUACCAAUCACCAAGGUCCUCAGUGACUACUGAUAACAUUAAGAAGAGAGGGGCAAAAGUGACAGAUAAAACCUUAGUGAGGACUACACGUACCCCUCGUACUCCCAAGACAUAUGCAGUCCCAGUCAGACGAUCUUCCAGACGGGUAAUUUCUCAAUGAUGCCAAAAACUUAUGGCUCUUUAAUUACAAUGUAAAUUUUAUAUAUUUUUUUAUUUUAAAUCUACUUCAUUUAUAUGACAAGAAUUUUGUUAUGCUAUACAGGUACUUCUGAUAGUGUUAAAAGAGUGGUGACACAUUGUGAUCAUUAGAGUUAUGAAGGAGAGGUACCCAUUAUUUGUAACACUUGUAUAAUAAUAUGUAUUAAACAGUCUUUUAUCUAUGUCAGUUUGUAAAUUAAUGAAUAAUAAAAUGUCAUUAUGGUAA